GGUUCUAGUUUUGGUAUAGGUGUGGGUGUUCGAGGUGGUGGUGAAGAGGGAAGAGACGGCUCUGGGGUCAGUAAUGGUGUUGGAUCACUUUGCCACAAUUCUAAAAUUCACACUGUGCCUAAGAAUACACAGCAAACCGCACAUCAAAGAGCAAAUGGUGAUGGCGUAGGUUCUGGUUCCGGUUCCGGUUCCGGCUCCGGCUCUGGCUCAGGUUCAGGUUCGGGUUCGGGUUCAGGUUCUGAUUCUGGUUCUGGCUCCGGUUCCGGUUCUAGUUUUGGUAUAGGUGUGGGUGUUCGAGGUGGUGGUGAAGAGGGAAGAGACGGCUCUGGGGUCAAUAAUGGUGUUGGAUCACUUUGCCACAAUUCUAAAAUUCACACUGUGCCUAAGAAUACACAGCAAACCGCAAAUCAAAGAGCAAAUGGUUCACUAAAGUUCUUUCCUGCUUUUGUGAGAGAACAUUCUAUCGUAAGGAAACCCUAA